GCCGAGCUUCGCCGCACCCAGCGCCAUCAUGCCCUCCAACCUGGCGGCGCCCAUCGGCGGCGGUUUGGGUGACCUCUUUGACUUGGCCGGCAGUGUGGGAGGCUUGUCUGGGUCCUACGUCGCCCCCAAAACGGUCUGGCUCCCGGCGGUGAAGGCCAAGGGCCUGGAGAUUUCGGGGACCUUCAGCCGCCAGGCGGGCACACUUUCCAUGGACCUGCUUCUCUCCAACAAGGCCCUGCAGGUCAUGUCCGACUUCGCCAUCCAGUUCAACCGGAACAGUUUUGGCUUGGCGCCGGCCGCGCCACUGCAAAUCCACGCGCCUCUCGCGCCAAACCAGAGCGUGGAGAUCUCUCUUCCGCUAAACACCGUCGGGUCAGUCAUGAAGAUGGACCCCCUGAAUAAUCUCCAGGUUGCGGUGAAGAACAACAUCGACGUGUUUUAUUUCAGCACGCUUUACCCUCUCCACAUACUCUUCGUGGAAGACGGGAAAAUGGAGCGGCAGAUGUUCCUGGCCACUUGGAAGGACAUCCCCAACGAGAACGAAGCCCAGUUCCAGAUCAAGGACUGCCCUCUCGGCGCAGGUCAGCCAGGGGAGCCACCAUCUUGGGAGUGCACGGGUUGGGUGCAAAAAAGGCGUUAA